CAAGUUUAAGGUUAAGUCAUGUCACUCAUGUCAGCAGCAGAAGUGCAAAAGUCAAAAUAAAUAACUUGUUGGAAAUGGUUUUUUAUCCACACUAAAAAUUAUUUUUUGAAUUUUGUCUGUCCAUCUUAACCAACCAUGAAAACUCGAUUUAACACAUACGAUAUCGUAUGUGUUACAGAAGAAUUGCAAAAGUUAAUUGGUAUGAGAGUUAAUAAUAUAUAUGAUAUUGAUAACAAGACUUACUUAAUAAGACUACAAAGGACUGAAGAAAAACAAGUUUUACUACUUGAAUCUGGUAAUCGUUUUCAUCUAACUAAUUUUGAAUGGCCUAAAAAUAUUGCUCCCUCUGGUUUCAGCAUGAAAAUGAGAAAGCAUUUAAAAAACAAACGCUUGGAGUCUCUAACCCAACUGGGAACAGACAGGAUUGUAGACCUUCAAUUUGGAACUGGAGAAGCUGCCUAUCAUGUCAUUUUGGAAUUAUAUGAUAGGGGUAAUAUUUUACUGACAGAUUAUGAACACACAAUUUUGUAUGUUCUUAGACCUCAUGUAGAAGGGGAUAAAAUAAAAUUUGCAGUAAAAGAAAAAUAUCCUCAAGGCAGGGCUAGAGAAGGUGGUGUAAUUUCUAAAGAGCAACUUUUAGAACUUUUAACCAAGGCUAAAGCUGGAGACCAGCUAAAGAAAGUUCUUGUUUCUAAUUUAGAAUAUGGUCCUGCUCUGUUGGAACAUGUCCUAGUUCAACACAAUUUUCCAAAUUCUACCAAAAUUGGAAAGAAUUUUGAUCCAGUUGAAAAUCUUGAUAAAGUUUUUCAAACGAUUUUAGAUGCCGAAAAUAUUUUUCAAAAUUCCAAAGUUGGCCACACUAAGGGUUAUAUUCUCCAGAAAAAAAUUGAGCGUGCUAAGUCAGAAACGACCCCAAAUGGCGAAUUUUAUGAAAACCAAGAAUUUCAUCCAAUGCUCUUUGAACAGCACAAAGAAAUGCCUUUUAAAGAAUUUCCAACAUUUAACGAAGCAAUAGAUGAAUUCUUCUCUUCACUAGAAAGUCAAAAAAUUGAGCUUAAAGCUGUUCAGCAGGAACGAGAGGCAAUGAAAAAAUUGGAAAAUGUAAGGAAAGAUCACGAUCAAAGAUUGGUAGCUUUGGAACAAACUCAAGCUGUUGAUAAGCAAAAAGCUGAAUUGAUUACUAGAAAUCAAGAAUUAGUAGAUAAAUCCAUUACAGCUAUACAGACUCUCUUAGCAAAUCAGUUAUCAUGGGAAGAUAUUACUGAUAUGGUAAAAGAAGCUGCAUCUAAAGGAGAUCCCGUAGCAAAGCAAAUCAAACAACUGAAACUUGAAAUAAACCACAUCACUUUACAAUUGUGUGAUCCUUAUGCUGAUCCGUUUGAUGGUAAUGAUUCUGACGUUGAGAAUGAUGCCUUACCCACAAUGGUUGUUGAUGUGGAUUUAGCAUUGUCCGCGUUUGCUAAUGCAAGAAAGUAUUAUGAUCAGAAACGUUCAGCGGCAAAGAAACAACAGAAAACAAUAGAGUCACAAAGCAAAGCUUUAAAAUCUGCCGAAAAGAAAACUAAACAAACUCUGAAAGAAGUUCAAGCAAUAAUCAACAUUAAUAAGGCGCGAAAGACUUACUGGUUUGAAAAGUUCUUCUGGUUCAUCAGUUCUGAAAAUUAUCUCGUUAUCGGUGGUAGGGAUCAACAACAAAAUGAACUUAUAGUUAAAAGAUACAUGAAACCAACAGAUGCCUAUGUUCACGCUGAUAUUCAUGGUGCCAGUAGCGUUAUUAUAAAGAAUCCAACUGGUAACCCAAUACCUCCAAAAACGUUAAAUGAAGCGGGAAUAAUGGCUAUAUGUUACAGUGUUGCCUGGGAAGCAAAAGUAGUUACAAAUGCAUACUGGGUGUGGGGCGAUCAAGUAAGCAAGACAGCACCAACUGGUGAAUACCUAACCACUGGUAGUUUCAUGAUUAGAGGCAAAAAGAACUUUUUACCACCUGCUCAUCUUAUUCUUGGAUUGAGUUUUCUGUUUCGCUUAGAAGAUGGAAGCAUCGAAAGACACAAAGGAGAGAGGAAAGUGCUUACUGCAAAUGAAGAGGAUGCACUCAGUGUAGCAGAUAGUGAGAUGAGCAAAGAUGAAGUCGAGGUUGAAAUAUUAGAUGAAAGUGAUGAAGAUGAGUUGCUUAGAGAUUCAAAGCAGGAAGAGAUUCAGAUAUCAGCCGAAUCAAAAGAAAUAGAUGUUGAAAAAUCCGAAAAGGUUUCGUCCGAUUCAGAUGAUGAAGAAAGCUCUAUAUUUCCUGAUACGCAGAUAAAAAUUCAACAUUCUUCGGGAAACAAGAAUCUGAUCACACAGACAUCCAGAAAUAUGGAAGAAGAGCCAAACGAAGAGAAUAUUGUGUACUUGGGUGAUAACAAACCAGUUGUGAUAAAACAAAACCAAACGAGAAGUAGAGGUAAUAGCGAAUCAAAAAAUAAGAAACCGCAAAAAGAGGAAAAAGUUGACACGAAAGCAGAUAAUAAACAAGUUAAGAGGGGCCAGAAGGGAAAAUUAAAGAAAAUUAAGGAAAAAUAUAAAGAUCAAGACGACGAAGAACGAAAGCUGCGAAUGGAAAUUUUGCAGUCUUCAGGUAUGGGCAAAGAUAUUAAAGAAACAAAGAAAACGAAGAAAAAUAAAGAAGCUAUAGAAAAGAUUAAGAAACAGGCUCAAAGAGGACCUAAAAACUUCACACCGAAGGAACCCAAUGAAGAUAUAGAUGACGACGAAACGGUAGUUCAAGCUGAUACAGACAUGAUCGAUGCUCUAACUGGAGUACCUGUUGCGGAGGAUGAAUUAUUAUUUGCAGUUCCUGUCAUAGCACCUUACAAUACUCUAUCAAACUAUAAGUUCAAAGUCAAAUUAACACCAGGUACGGCGAAACGAGGAAAAGCCGCUCGUACAGCUGUAGCUAUGUUCCUAAAGGAUCGUUCGAUAACCCAAAGGGAGAAGGAUAUACUUAAAGCUGUCAAAGAUGAACAACUUGCUAGAAACAUACCGGGAAAAGUGAAACUUUCCGCUCCAAAAUUGCAGAAUUUAAAAAAAUAGUUUUUUUUAAUCGUAUUGUUAAAUAAAUUGUUUAUAGUUUA